GCAUUUGUCUGACUGCAUCGCCACAUAGACGCCCAUUGUCGACUUCUUGGCAUCUGGAUCUGCGCCGCCAAUUGUGCCUGGUUUGCACGGCCAGACACGCCAAUCCACUCAGGCACCCAGCUGUGGCUUAAUUUUAUUUUGCAACUGAGACGGCCUGGCACUGCGACAGGGGAGCGGGGAUCUAACUGCAUGAGACGCGGGGCAGUGCUUGGGCUUAGACCCCCCAUUGUCUGCGAGCCAAGCCCAGGGAUCCUUUUUGUGCGAUCACCAGCAAAUAUCUCCUUCGCAGACCAUCGUAUUCGCCGCGCCGGUGGCCUGCCAUGUCGUCGGCAAAAGCCACCAAGAAGAGCGCGUUCUCGUGCGAGCCGUGCCGUAGACGCAAGGUCAAAUGCGGCGGCGAGCAGCCUAUGUGCCAACGCUGUGCUGCUCGCAACGAUGAAUGCGUAUACAAACUGAACCCGACGCUGUCGUACACGCAGCGUCUUGAGGACCGCAUCAAGGAACUGGAAGAGCAGCUGGCAAAGGCCACGGCGACGACAACAACAACACCACCUGUGGCCACCGACAGCAAAUCCCCCAUAUCAACUCACUCAAGCCCCUCGCCCUUCGGUGGCACUCAGCAAGAUGGGCGGCAGCAGAUCGACGACAGCAUCAGCCGGAGUUUCCGAGCACUGAAGAUAGAUGACAAAGGCAGCAUCACGUAUCACGGGACUACGAGCUUUUUCAACCUCCCCAGCGAUCGCACCUCCGCGGUCACGGCAGUUGACCUGCACCCCACGGCAGCCGAUAUCGAAAGUCAGCGAAGAGAACGUCUCGUCUCAAAUGCGUGGCAACAACGCGUAUUGGAGGAGCAUUCUGGAAUUCCCGAACCUUUCCAAACACUUCUGAAUGUUCACUGGUGCUGGAUACAACCCCUUUUCAACUUCAUCUACAGGCCUGCCUUUACUCGUGAUAUGCAGUCCUUGGGUCCAUAUUACUCGCAUACGCUUCUAAAUGCCGUCCUGUCACAUUCAAUACGAUGGGCAAAGAGCGAUCCCAAUACACGGCGCAUACUCGACGAGUCGUACGAUGGUGGUGCGGUCUUUGGUAAGCACGCACGCAGCAUGCUGUUUGAAGAGCUAAGUAGAGGCGUCUGCACGAUUCCGACGAUUCAGACAUUGCUCCUCCUGAGCGCUCAGGAGUGCAGCCUUGGAAACACAACCCAAGCCUGGACAUAUAGUGGCUUGGCGUUUCGAUUGAUUGACCACUUGGGAAUACACGUCGAUGGGGAACGCUAUCCUGGGUCCGUGCAGUUCAGCGACGAAGAGGUAGAAAUUCGGCAUCGAGUCUUUUGGUCAUGUUAUUUCUGGGACAAAAUCAUAAGCCUUUAUCUCGGUCGAUCACCAUCGUUAAAACACACUAUGGUAUCCCCACCUCAGAUGAUGUUUGAUGACUCUGCUGAAAACGAGUUGUGGGUUCCCUUUGGAGCGCCUCCACUUCAAACUGCACCGUGGAAGUACCCACCUGCCACGGCCCAUUCAGCCUCGUGUUUCCUAAGCAUGUGUCGGCUGUCCGUCAUAUUCAACGAGAUUUUGAUUCACAUGUAUGAUCCACUCAUGCAGAACACAGAGUCGGAGAUUCUAGAGUGCUUGGUCGCGCAGGAACCGGCUUUACAGCAGUGGUGGGAUGAGUUGGCGCCGUAUCUGAAGCUCGAUCCUGCGGCUCUGCCUGCACUGGCCCCACCGUCUCAUAUUGUCACCACCAAGUAAGCUCAAGCGAAUAGAAUAUUGAGUUUGCAGCUUGUUAACCAUUCAAUAGUUGCCUUUUCCAGACGUUUAAAAUACUUCUCUACCGCC